UCGACUGCCGAGAUCGGUCAACACUCCCCCGUUGUUGUUCGUAUUGUGAAACUCUCGUGUUUUAACGUUUUGUUCUAUUGUGUCAGCUCUAGCGCACUGCUACUAAUCUUCAUUCGUCUCCAGUGUUGUGACAGUGUACAACCAACAACUCCGAAACAUGUCGCGCAAUCCGGCCGAGAACCAGCUGAACCUCUUCAAAGAAGCUCAAAAAGACAAAACCAAGUGUACAACCAGCAAUGGUGCUCCAGUCGGUACGCACUCCGCAACGUCUACGGUCGGCCCCCGGGGCCCAGUUCUUCUGCAGGAUGUGCACCUAAUCGACGAGCUGGCGCACUUUGACCGAGAGCGUAUUCCGGAGCGUGUCGUGCAUGCCAAGGGAGCCGGAGCGUUCGGUUACUUCGAAGUAACGCACGACAUUACCCAGUACUGUGCGGCCAAGCUGUUCGAAAAGGUCGGCAAGAAGACGCAGCUUGGCGUCCGCUUCUCAACCGUCGGUGGAGAAAGUGGUUCGGCAGAUACGGCGCGCGAUCCUCGCGGUUUUGCCGUUAAGUUCUAUACCGACGAUGGCAUCUGGGAUAUGGUCGGUAAUAAUACGCCCAUCUUCUUCAUCCGCGAUCCGAUACUGUUCCCCAGCUUCAUCCACACGCAGAAGCGCAACCCAUCGACCCACCUUAAGGACCCGGACAUGUUCUGGGACUUUAUGACCCUGCGCCCAGAAACGACGCACCAGCUGCUGUUCCUCUUUGCAGACCGCGGUAUUCCGGACGGCUACCGGUUCAUGAACGGCUACGGCUCGCACACCUAUAAGUUGGUGAACGCCGACGGUAAACCGAUCUACUGCAAGUUCCACUUUAAAACCGACCAGGGCAUCAAGAACAUGGAUACCAAGCGUGCGGACGAGCUCUCCGGUUCCGAUCCGGAUUACAGCAUUCGCGAUCUGUACAACGCGAUCGCCAAGAAAGAGUUCCCGAGUUGGACGCUCAAGGUGCAGCUGAUGACAUUUGAACAGGCAGAAAAGGUACCGUUCAAUCCGUUCGAUCUUACCAAGAUAUGGCCGCAAAGCGAUUUCCCGCUGCACCCCGUCGGACGUAUGGUACUAGAUCGCAAUCCAAGUAACUACUUCGCCGAAGUAGAACAAGCGGCGUUCGCGCCGUCGAAUCUGGUGCCCGGUAUUGAACCAUCGCCGGACAAGAUGCUGCAGGCACGUCUUUUCGCGUACGCUGACACCCACCGUCACCGCGUCGGGGCAAACCACUUGCAGCUGCCAGUUAACUGUCCUUACCGCGUGGCGACGCGCAAUUACCAGCGCGACGGUCCCAUGAACAGCACCGACAAUCAGGCAGGCGCCCCGAACUACUUCCCCAACUCUUUCAGCGGCCCGGAAGUAUGCCCGUAUGCGCGUAAGCUGCAGAAUCCGCCGAUGCACGUAUCGGGCGAUGUCCAACGUUAUGAGAGCGGGGAUGAAGACAACUUCUCGCAGGCGACUACCUUCUACCGCCGCGUGCUGGACGAUGCUGCGCGUCGUCGGCUUGUCAACAACAUUGUUGGGCAUCUGGGGAACGCGUCUCCGUUCCUGCAGGAGCGCGCAGUAAAGAACUUAGCCAUGGUAGACGCUGAGUUUGGACGCCAGUUGACGGAGGGUCUGAAGCUGCAGCGUUCCUCAAACCUCUAAAGGAGGAAAUAGGAGUGGAAUGGCGGGUGGAGAAUGGAUGUGGUGGCGAUAUUUGUCGUGCUUUCCGACACACACUUGUUGGUCAUGAUAUAUUUUUCUUGAUUAUGUUUUAUGUUAGAGUUUUCCUUUCGUAUCUUUCGUGCGGCCGCUUCAAGCAAAAUGGUAGGCAACGAUCUAUACAAAAUUAUGUACGAGUACACUCUUUCUGCUCGCAAUUUUGUUACUUUUGUAAUCGCUUUAAUAAAAAAAAAACUGCAAAAACAA